UUAAAACCCUAACUCUCAGCCGCUGCGCACGCUAUAAUAAGUGUCCUGGCUAGGCGAAACGGCGUUCUAAAAGUAGCGUUAAACAAAAAAGGGGAGAGGAAGAGGAGGAGCCGCCGGCGGCAGCUGAGAAAAUAUGCAGAUCUUCGUCAAAACCCUGACCGGAAAGACCAUAACUCUAGAGGUCGAGUCCUCGGACACCAUCGACAAUGUCAAGGCCAAAAUUCAAGACAAGGAAGGGAUUCCUCCGGACCAGCAGCGGUUGAUUUUUGCUGGAAAGCAGCUGGAGGAUGGCCGUACUCUUGCUGAUUACAAUAUCCAGAAAGAGUCGACCCUCCAUUUGGUUCUGAGGUUGCGGGGAGGGAUCAUUGAGCCCUCUCUGAUGGCUCUAGCUAGAAAAUACAAUCAGGACAAGAUGAUUUGCCGCAAAUGCUAUGCUCGUUUGCAUCCUCGUGCUGUUAACUGCCGGAAGAAGAAAUGCGGGCACAGCAAUCAGUUGAGACCAAAGAAGAAGAUCAAGUAGACAUGCUGCAGAGUUCUGAGCCAACGAGUUAUAUUUGUCUGGUGUUACAUCUUUUAGUGCUUGUUUGGAUUUACAAAAAAUUUUGCGGACAGAGCCAGAUAUGGACCAUUUUGUUUGCUUAACCGUAAUCUUGAGGAUUUGAAUAUUCAAGAUAUCUCUCCGUCACUCCAACACCACCACCCCUCCCCCCCCCCUCUCCCCCUCUUUCCUUCUCUCUUUCGUGUGCUUGUUCUGUGAUUCUGCUUGCUGCAUGUCAAUAAUGUGACCCGCUGUGAGAUUUCUGCUGCGUUAGAAGGAUAUCUGGGAUAAAAAGCCAUCCUUUUUCGCUC